UGAGAGAGACAUUCAUUGCUGCAGACCUAAUUGAUUGAAUUAUGUUCUAUAUUAGAUAUUUUUGUUGCUAAUAAAUACACAGUAAUUUAUUUUGUUGUUUGAAAUACAUUGAUUUUUAUUUAUAGGUAAAUAUUAGGUUCAACUUGGUUCAUUGUAACAAGAACUUUAGUGCCUAAGGUAUAUUGUAAAGGCGAUUGAUAGGUAAACAUGGAGUCUCUGAUUAAUUUCUAGAUUGGGGUAGGUACAGUAACUACAUAGUGAACUUUUCUUCACAAAAUAAUAACGCAAAUCGGUCCUUAAAACGCCAUGUAAUUGUUGUACACACAGAAAACAAAGUAAUAAAAACAUACCGGCCAAAUUGAGAACUUCCUCCUUAUUGGAAGUCGGUGAAAAAUUCGCCUCAGCGUAGCCUGUGUCUUCGAAGAACAGAUGUGAUGGUAGGUUGAGGUAUUGGUUAAAUAGUGAAAUCCAAUCUAUCCUCUCUCUUUUAUUAGUCUCUUAGGCAGAGGUGGAUUAAACUUAGAGAGCGCCCUAGGCAAACUCCCCGUUGGCAUCCCUAAUUUGUUUUUAGCACCACCGUCACUCGAUGGCAACGAUCUCCCGGCACUGCAUCGUAGUAUCUCUCUUUCUGUAAUCUGGCGCCCUAGAUACUUACCUAGUUGCCUUAAGGAUAAUCCGACUCUGGUUUCAAGCAAAGUAAUAAAAGGUAUCAAGUGUUAAUUAUCGAAAUUACACGAUAACCGAAUCGAUUUGAAUCGAAUAUUUAAAAAAAUGCGAUCUCGAUGAAUGACAUCAUUAGGUCAUUUGAUUAAUUGACAGUGACAGUGACAGAUAACUGACAAGCAAGUAGGUACUGUUCAGGUUCACGUUUGUUUACUUUUGUUGGUUAUUCAUAUAAUUUUGUAAACAUUUCUAUUUUAUUUAACCAUGCAUAAACAGUAAACAUGGAUAAAGAUACUUGUUUUAUUGACAUCACAGCCGAAUUCUUGGGAGUUGCUUUUCACAGUAUUCUUUACUAUACAUCAGUUUAUCCCAAAAAUAUUUUUGAAAUGCGCAAAAAGUACAAUGUUGUGGUGUAUCGUUCUAUUCACCCUGAGGUGAAUCAGUAUAUUGAGCUUUGCUUGAAGACCAUCGUGGAAUGUUUGAAGAAUAAUCAACUGGAUUGCGUGGAGUUUGUAGUGACAGAAAGUGAAUACAAGCCUUUAUUGAAGUUUGUCUUUCAGUUUGAUAAGAACAGCAUGUUUGAUGAAACAUUAGACGCGUAUUUAGUGCAGUGUGAACAGAAUUUGCGAGCCUUCUGCUUGAAAUUGUCUUCCAUUAGCAAUAAUUUAAAAGAACUUCCUGAAAAUAGCAGCUUUUCCAUAUACAUUCAUACCAAUGAGUCCAACGCUGUUGCAAUGUCCACUAAUCCCGAGUUUGAAGAGUUCCCAUUAAUUGAAGUAAAAGACAUUUAUGAAGAGACUGACAAGAUAAUUCCUCUCAGCAGGUUUUCUAUAAGAAGUUAUGCCAUUGAUACUUAUGUGGAACUUAAAUAGAUGUACGAAAUAGUUUUGAUUUGAUAUUGAAAUUGUUAAUUGACAUACUUGUUAUGCACUGUAAAUACUUAUACUAUUGAUUUGUGUAAAUACAAACUAUACCAAUAUGAUAGCUACUUGUAUUAUUGAAUGCAGUUGAUAUAAACUAAAGAAGUAUUAAGGGUCAUUUUUGGUGACACUUCAAAUCCUGCCGAUUCCAUUCAAUGGGGCAGACAACAAGUUUUAGUAAGUUCAUAUAGGCACACUAUAAUAAUGGAGAUUUUAUUGUAUUUAAAUGUAUGAAUGCAUGUGAUACAAAGCCAUAGCUGUAAAGGAAAAACAUUUUUAUGAAACAAAACUUCUUAAGAUUGUGUUUACGCAGCGAAAAACUAUGCUUAAGAGUUUAAUCUACUUAUUUUUGUAUUUCUGCAAGGAAUUUCAAUAUUAACUAAAUAAUAACUUAAUAAGGUCAUUAUUGGUAAUUAAUUUUUAACAUUCAUUAUAAAUGAUUAUGUCAGAAAUGAGAUCCCAAUAAGACUCGAAAUUUAUAGAGUUUAGUACAAAAUUCUUCAUAAAU